AUGACCUGGCUGUAUGACUGGUAUCUGCUCGUUAGAAACACGUCCCAGUCGUGGCCGCCAAUGAUGAGCAACAUUGAAAAAGACACAAAACAAAUGGUGUCGACGACAACGGCGUUCCUAUAUGUUCUGCAAGUCAAGUUGGACGGGGUUCAUGCACAUGUUGCAUCACUCACUUGGGUCCGUUUGGGGAGGGAUGAACGUGAGCGUGAGGCUGGGCACGGUGAGGAUGAAGAUGACAGAGUGGGUGCUGAGCAGUUGAAGACAACGCAGAAGAAGAAAUCAAUCAGGAACAACAAACAGGGGAGAAUGAAGAAAACAGCGAUGAAGAAAACGGCCAUACAUCCGUGCUUCGAGAACCCAAGUCAUCCUCUCGCCCUGAACUCGAGAUGGGUGACCCACAUGCCUGCACCUCUAUCUCUGACGCGUAUUGCGCUUGCGCUCGACCUCGAGCUGGAGAGAACGCCUCUGCCCCAGCUCAAGCGACCCACCUCCCACACCCUCUCUCGCGCCACUCAAACAUAUCUUCCCCCUGUCGGCGCCAAGCACGCCAGCGGUGAUGAGUAUGGGUUCGCUGUUCCUGGCCAGGGUGUGGGGAUGUGA